AUGCAGGGCACUCAGGAGCCAAACACCAUUCCUGUAUCCUGGGUUGAUGAGAUGGAGGGGGAGAGGGGGACGUCGGGAGGAGAGACAGCGUCCCUGCAGGUGGAGAUGGAGCAGUGGAGCAUCAAAUUAGAGGAGGACGAAGAAGAGGAGAGUGGUGAUCUGAUUAACACCAGUAAAUACAGAGAGAGACGGGACUACAGUGGGUCCUCGGGGGAGCUUCAACAACAUCAUGAUGCUGACAAGGCAGAGAAGAGUCUCUCCAGAUCAGUACACCUCAAGAAACAUCAGCGGAGACCCACAGGGAAGAAAUCUCACCGCUGCUCUGACUGUGGGAAAGGUUUUAAAUCUUCAUCAGAACUUAAAAUACACCAACGAGUACACACAAUAGAGAAAUCUUACCACUGUUUUGAUUGUGGGAAGAGCUACAUAAGAUCAAAUUCACUAAAAGUACACAUGAGAAUUCACACAGGAGAGAAACCUUAUAGCUGUGAUCAAUGUGGGAAGAGUUUUACUACAUCCAGCCAUCGGAUUGUACACCAGAGAACACACACAGGAGAGAAAUCUUAUAGCUGUGAUCAAUGUGGGAAGAGUUUUACUCAGUCAAGCAACCUGUUAUCUCACCAGAGAAAACACACAGGAGAGAAAUCUUAUAGCUGUUAUCAAUGUGGGAAGAGUUUUACUCAGUCAAGCAACCUGGUAUCACACCAGAGAACACACACAGGAGAGAAACCUUAUAGCUGUGAACAAUGUGGGAAGAGUUUUACUACAUCUAGCCAUCUGACUGUCCACCAGAGAACACACACAGGAGAGAAACCGUAUAGCUGUACUCAAUGUGGGAUUAGUUUUACUCACUCAAGCAGCAUGUUAUCACACCAGAGAAAACACACAGGAGAGAAAUCUUAUAGCUGUGAUCAAUGUGGGAAGAGUUUUGUUACAUCUAGCCAUCUGACUAUACACCAGAGAACACACACAGGAGAGAAACCCCAUAGCUGUGAUCAAUGUGACAAGAGAUACUCUGAUAAAAGAUCUCUGAUCAAACAUCAGAAAAUACAUACAUGAAGGAGUUGUUUCAUGAUAUCAAUGAAAUAAAAUCUCAGUGUAGAAUGUUUAAACAUUGUAGUAGGAGUAUUUGAAUAAUGUAGAACCCAAAUUGUUUGCCUCCUGUUCUAUUGAUUUCAGCAUGAUAUGGGUAUUAGCCUCAUCAGUGGAAAUUGUUUUGUACUUUGCUGCAUUCAUCUUUCCCUUAAUCUUGAUCAGUCUGCCAGUGCCUGCCAUUGAAAACUAUCCCCACUGCAUGAUGCUGCCAACACCAUGCUUCACCGUAGGGAUUGGGUCUGGUUUCCUCCAGACGUGACGCUUGACAUUCAGGCCAAGAGUUCAA